AUCCCGGGGAAAGAAGCGUGUCCGCGAACAUUGAAAAAAUUCGCCUUUUAAGGAACCAGUAUUAGGGACAUUCAGCUGAUUUGUCUCUAUCCGAUUCAGAAUUUAGACAGGAAUGGCGAAACAUCCGGGACAUUGUGGUUGAGCUAGAGUGACAUCUAGGAACAACCAUGAUUUACCAAGAUGCAGUCAACAUGAUAAAAACUUGCUCCAUGGACCCAGAAGUAGAGAAAAAGUACACAGACUUACUUGGAGAUAUGAAGGAGCUCCAUACAACUGUGCAGAAUCUCAAAGAGGUAGUGAUGCAUCAUGAUCCAAGAGUUGCAAGAAUGAUCGAAACAACCAAGACAAUGAUAACAAGGCAUUUUGAAGAUAUCAGCCAUCUUUUUAUAAAAACUCAUGCCUUAAACAGGGCAAAGGAACUGAUCAAUAGUAACCGUUACAUUGUCAUCAAAGGGAACCCUGGAACUGGAAAAACCACUAUCGCCAAGAUCUUAAUGAAAGAAUUGAUGGAGGAAGGAAAAUCCCCUCUACAACUUUACGAGUUUACAGAUUUGUAUAAAACCAUUUCAACAACUGAUAGCAUAGUGGGGUUUAUUGAUAAUAUUUUUGGAGAAUUUUAUUUGUCUAGUAAUGCUGUUCAAGAGUUCAAAGCUACGGCUGAUAUGGUCAAAGUUUUGAUUGAAAGUGAUCAUAGUAGUAAAUCAAACAUUCUUUUAUUUACAAUAAGAAAUGAUAUUUACCAGGACUAUGUCAGUAAAGGAAACGAUGAUAUUUUUCUUCAAUCAUCAAUGGUUGACCUAUCAGAUAAAAUAUAUGCUUUGCAAGAGGAAGAAGUAAUUCAGUUUAUCAAUAAGUAUGAUUUAUGUAAGAACAUGAGGAAAACCGACAUAAUAAGUAAAGUUUCUGAAAUGCCUAUUUCGAUAGGAUUUCCACAAUGUUGUAAAUUUGCAAAAAAGGCACAAAUCGAAAGCGAUAUAUCGGCUUUUCUUCGAAGUCCUGCAACAUUUCUCAGAGACUAUCUCACUAAGCUUAUCGAUAACCCAACUCCAGAAGUCGCUGUUCUCGUGUACAUUCUUCUAAGCGGAGGGGAAGUUGAAUUAGAGUUGAUAACCAAUGCCCAUUUGGAUUUACCAAUGAAACGUGUCUCUUUAGAAUUUAUUGGUCUCCCCAUUCCUUGUAUAAACAAAAUGCAGAGCAGUAUUAAUUGUUUUGAUGGAUUUUUGACUAAUCGAGACAUAAUUAGAAAUACUAUUACGUUUGCCCAUAGCUCAGUUCAUGAAUCUCUAUUCAAGGUUCUGUUUUAUUUUGAUCCCAAAAGCAUGAUAAAACACUGUCAUCAUCCCUUACUGUUACUGCUUACAACACGUGAAAAUUCAAAUAGCACACAAGUUAUCAUAGGACAUGAUUUAUUUUAUGACGUUGCUCUUCGUGUUGAGAAAAUCAUUGAAGAAAAGUCUGUAGCAGGCUACACCUCCAUAUCUUUGCUAGAAUUAUGGAAUGAUUAUAACUUUCAUCAGUUCAUGUUGGGAAUGCAAGUAUGCAUGUUGAGAUUUAAAACAUGUCAUGAUAUUCACGGAGCUUCAGUGAUGGUUCACUUUUCAAAAGCAGGAAAUGCACGAUGGGUGAGUUAUCUACUGCCUAGUUCAGACGAAAGACAAAGAUAUAGAUCACUUAAUGCUGCUUGCUCAAACAAUCAAGCAGACAUCGUUCAACUCUUUUUAAACUCUGGGGUAAAAUAUGAUCUUAAAACAUGUUUUUAUUCCGUGCAGAGUGGGAAUUUAGAUAUAUUGUUUCAAGUUUGUGCGUCUGUAGAUCUUCAACAAAUCAGCUCUUCCUUGCAUCCUUUAUGGAAAAAUAUCAAACACAGUUUACUUCAGGAGAUCUGUCUGAUGAGACAAACCCAUUUUGUUGAAAAAAUAUUACAAAAAUAUCCCUUCCUUUUAGACAUAAAGGAUAGUCAGGGUGCCAAUGUAUUACAUUCCGUAGCAAGUUCUGGGGACAAAUGCACAUUUAACCUUCUGGUUAAGUUUGGCUGUGAUCCAUAUGAAAAAGAUCGAGACAAUGGACACACGGUUCUUACGUGCGCUUGUCAGGAUGGAAGGACAGACAUGGUGAAAUAUCUUAUUGAGAAGUAUCCUGCAUUACUUCAGGAACACACAGAUGUUCUAGGAAAAAGUCUUUUGUAUUGGGCAGCUUUCAGUGGAAGAAUAGAUAUGAUUGAAUAUAUGCUUAACCUUUUUGAAUAUGAAAAUAUAUUAAAUAUCUCAAGUGACAAUAUACCAAAGGGAGAUAAAGCAGAUAACUCAGGUCGAUCUAUACUGCACGCUGCAUGCAAAAAUGGAUAUUAUGAUAUGUGUAAAUAUCUGUUGUGCAGAUACCCACAAUUACUGAAUGUUAGAGAUAAUAAUGGUGCAAAUGUUUUCCAUUACACAGCUCUCGGAGGCAACAUAGCUCUUUUGAAGUAUCUUUUAAGUAAAGGGUUUGAUGUCAAUGAUACGACAAAUACUGGGAUGACUGUGUUAAAAAUUUGUUGUGCUUUUGGUAGAGAGAAAAUGUGUAAGUAUCUUGUAAAUAUGUAUCCAGGUUUAAAAUCAGUUAGAGACAAUAAGGGAUGCACAGUUUUUCAUUCAGCUUGUAAAGGAGGAAGUGUAGAAAUGAUUUCCUUUUUUAUAGAAAAAGGAAUGGACAUCAAUGCCUUGUCAAAUGAUGGUAGAAGUAUCCUGCACACGGCCUGUUUUAAUAGGAAGUUUGAAGUUUGUGAAUACUUAGUUGAAAAUUAUCCCGAUGUAUUAAAUGUCAGGAACAAAAUUUAUAACACAGUGUUGCAUGAUGCAGCCUGGGGAGGAAAUGUUCAAAUAGUAAAACUAUUGAUUGAGAAAAAGAUGGAUAUCAUUGCCCAACGGGAAGAUGGUGAAACAAUUUUACAUCUAUGUUGUUGUUCGGGGGAAAUAGAUAUGUGUGAGUAUUUGGUCAAUAAUUUCUAUGAGUUAGUGGAGAUAAGGGACAAUAGAGGAUGGACAGCGUUACAUGCAGCUUGCAGUGGAGGAAGUGUAGAUGCUGUUUCCUUUCUAAUAAAAAAAGGUUAAGACUUAAAUGCCUUGGCAAUUGAUGGUCAGAGUAUUCUUAAUAUAGCUUGUGUAAAUGGGAAGUUCGAAACUUGUAAGUUCUAAGUAGAGAAUUAUCCCCAUUUAUUGGAUGUCAGGGACAAAUUUC